CCCCGUGUGCUCAGUGCCGUUUCCGCCCGGCCUGCUGAGGAGGAGCUGUUGGACAUUCCCUGUUGCCGCGGAGGGGGAGGGGUUUUGGCUCCUGUUCUGUGGAGCCAAGCUAUCUUUCCCGCCUGCCGUCUAGGAAACGCCGUGGCGCCGAGCAGGGCCUAGUGCCGGGGGCCCGGGCAACGGGCCGGACAGGUUUCCCCAUGUCCGUGACGUGUUGGCCGAGGCUCUGCGGCUGCUCCCCGCCCUUGGAGCUGCCAGUCGCUACCCUUUGGACUCCGUGAUCCCUGACAAACGUCAUGAGCAUUGCAAUCCCUCUGGGAGUCACUACACCAGAUACAUCUUAUUCAGAUAUGGCUGCUGGAUCUGACCCUGAGUCUGUGGAAGCUAGCCCAGCUGUUGGUGAGAAGAAUGUGUAUGCGAGUCAUGGCUACGGGGCCUCCCAGAAACACAAUUACCGAGGGCUGCCUUAUGCAGAUCAUAAUUACGGAGCCCCUCCUCCUCCGACCCCUCCUGCUUCUCCCCCUGUCCAGACCAUCAUUCCUCGUGCAGAAUUGAAUGGCCUACACUCUCAUGACGAGGAGAAUUCUGGUGACACAGAAAGCUCUUCAGAGGCAGAGUCUAUUCCCAGCUGGUGUCACUGCAGCCUCUCCCAAGAUGGUUUCCUCAUCAAAUGUGAGAAGUGCAGGGGAAUCGGCAGGGGAAAAGUAAUCAGACUCCGUCGGCGGAAACAAGACAACGUAUCAGGGGGAGACAGCAGCGCAACAGAGAGCUGGGACGAGGAGCUCUCUCCCUCCACAGUGUUGUACACUGCUACACAACAUACCCCUACGAGCAUCACUCUGACAGUCAACCGUGUCUGCAGAACAAAGCCCAAAAAGAGAAAAAGGAAUACAGAGAGAGCUCGAACUGCACCAAAGGCCAAAAAAAUUAAGGCUUUUAGAGAAGGUUCGCGAAAGUCUUUGCGGAUGAAGAAUUCUCCCUCAGAAGCCCACGCCCUGGAUGAAAACACAGCAGAGGGGUGGGAAAGCCGCAUAAGGCUGUGGACGGAUCAGUAUGAAGAAGCCUUCACCAAUCAGUAUAGUGCUGAUGUGCAGAAUCUCUUGGAGCGCCAUUUAAAUGCCAAUAAAGAAUUUGUGGGCAAAGCUCCUGUGCUGGACACAAUCAACAAGACAGAGUUGGCCUGCAACAACACAGUCAUUGGAUCCCAGAUGCAGCUACAGCUUGGGAGAGUGACACGGGUUCAGAAGCAUCGGAAGAUCCUGAGAGCAGCCAGAGAUCUGGCUGUGGAUACCCUUAUAAUUGAAUAUCGUGGGAAAGUGAUGCUACGGCAGCAGUUCGAGGUUAAUGGGCAUUUCUUCAAAAAGCCGUAUCCCUUUGUGCUGUUCUACUCCAAGUUUAAUGGUGUUGAGAUGUGUGUUGAUGCUCGCACUUUUGGUAAUGAUGCCAGAUUCAUCAGGCGUUCCUGUACACCAAAUGCAGAGGUUCGUCAUGUGAUUGCCGAUGGGAUGAUUCACUUGUGCAUAUAUGCUGUUACGUCCAUUGCCAAGGAUGCAGAAGUCACCAUUGCCUUUGACUAUGAAUACAAUAUCUGCAACUAUAAAGUGGAUUGUGCCUGUCAUAAGGGGAAUCGGAAUUGCCCUGUGCAGAAGCGGAGUCCAAACUCUGUAGAACAGCUACCUCCACCUAUUCUAGACACUUUAAUUGGAGCAGAGACCAGGCGUCGGAAAGCCCGCCGGAAGGAGCUGGAACAGCGGGGUGCUGCAUCGGAUGAGAACAGCAAUCCACAGACAGAGGAAGUCCCUGAGGGACUUGUUGCAGCUAGUGAUGAGGCUGCAGACAAAGAAGAGAAACAAGAAGAGGAGAAAGAAUCUGCUGUGGAAGAGCAGGGAGGCCUUACUCAGAGCAGGCGGACCCGAGAAGAUAGGAAGGUAGAAGCCAUCAUGCAUGUGUUUGAGAACCUGGAGAAAAGGAAGAGGAGAAAAGAUGUACCAUCUGAUCGGAGCAGCACAGAGGCAGAAGUGGUGGUCACUGCAGAGACUCCAGAGCCAGAGGAAGUUAAACCUGAGCCAGCUGAAAAGGAAGAUAACACUUCAGUUUUAAAUGUUCCUGUGCCAAGUGCCCCCAUUGCUGUCAGUAGUGUAGGAGUGAACACACGGAGGUCUUCACAGGCUGGGGAGACAGCACCAGAGAAACCUGUCUCUAAACCGGCACCAUCAAAACCAGCUAGGCCGCGGCCCAAAAGCCGGUUUUCUCGUUAUCGGAGCAGUUCAGCCCAGCGACUGAGAAGGCAAAAGCAGGCCAUUUCCCAACAGUCUGAACAAUCACAAGCAACUCCAGAGGAAGGAAAUGGUACAAGCAUUGCAACUGCAGCAGAAGUCAGCAACGUAGAAGGUCCAGGAGAAGGGAAGCAGUUGGUGGGUUCUGACCCAGCGGUGGCUGCAGCUGUCGGGCCACAGGCCAGCCGGGUGGCGCUCAAGUACCCCAAAACAAAAAAGUAUCUAGUUACAGAGUGGCUUAAUGACAAGGCGGAGAAGCAGGAGUGCCCCAUUGAGUGCCCUUUGCGUAUAACCACGGACCCAACUGUGUUAGCUACCACUCUCAAUAUGUUGCCAGGCCUUGUCCACUCCCCACUUAUCUGUACCACACCCAAACACUACAUCCGUUUUGGCUCUCCAUUCACACCAGAAAGGCGAAGACGGCCACUUCAGGUGGAUGGAAAUUACAGCUCAUGUAAAAAGCGUUGGAUGAAGCAAGCUCUAGAAGAAGGAAUGACUCAGACCCCUUCUGCUUCCCAAGAGAACAGAACCCAGUGUUUAUACCAAAGCAAUGAGAGUGCUAGCACUUCUGGUGUCUGCAAAGAAAAUGCAGAGUUACUGAGCCCCCUGAAGAAGUGGAAGUCUCGCUAUUUGAUGGAACAGAGCAUUAACAAACUGUUGAGACCGCUGUCUCCUGUCACUCCCCCACUUCCUGAUCCCUCCCUGAGCCCACAUCUCACCACACCCUCCUCAUCUGUGCCAGGAGAGGAGGAAGUUCGGAGUAGCUGUGGGGUGAUCUUCUCACCGAUUCCCUCCUUGGCUGCUAGUCGUUGCAAUACUCCAUUACAGUUUGAGAACGUAUCCUCCCCUGAGAGUUCCCCUGCGCAUAGGCCCGAGUCCCUGUCGCCCGAGCUCUGCCUCAGAACAGACCACGAUGUCCCCAAGGCAGGAUUUGUGGAUGCCAGUGCAAACAGCUGCUCCGAGAGACGGUUGCUGCUGCCUUUGGGGCCUUCCGAUCCCACAUCCCAGCCGUCAGAGACCAGCUUCCCAGGGAAGAGCGGAGAAGCGCAGACACUGCUCCAAAGCUCUGAGCAGGCUUUUCGGACAGAGUUUAACUUAAUGUAUGCCUUUUCCCCUUUGAAUGCGAUGCCCCGGGCAGAGGCCUUGCUACGGGAAUCUCCACAAUUAGCGGAUGGGAAGCCUCUGAAUCCCGAGCGGGGCAGUUGCAGUUCUCCUGCCGAAGGAUACUUUGGCAGGCACGAGCAGGUGCUGCUGAAAGAGGUGGUGCAUGGACCCAUGGCCCCUUGUGGAGAGCGAAGUUGCGAAGGGGUCACAUCUGCCCCCCAGAAUCCUCCACAGAGGAAAAAGGUGUCUCUGCUGGAGUAUCGCAAGCGAAAGCAAGAAGCCAAGGAAGGUGGGGAUUCUGCCCGAUGUACAGGGACACCAACCCGACCGGGGAGCAGCUGUUGUGGGGCAGAGAUGGAGGCAGGCAUUGUGACGGGCUCAGGAGCCCGGACGCUGUCGUCGCCCCAACAUAGCUUCUCUCCCUCACAUUCCUCCCUGUCACAUCUUGAGGAAGUCGUCCCACCCGAACCAAGAGGGACCACACACUGCAAGUCCCAGGACAGCAUCAGCAGUCGAUGGAUGGUACCCACUUCAGUGGAGCGGCUCAGAGAAGGCCGUGGGAUUUUGGAGAAGGUUUUGCGCAGCAGUGCAAAAAUAUGCCAGAGGGGAGAUCCCUCACCAACUCGGGACAGCAUAGGCGAAAGAGAAUCAGAUGGUGUGGAAGGAGACUUGCCAGAUCCCCUCAGCUCUUCCCUCAAGGGACCAGCUACAGUUUACAGUCCUUCUCGAUACAGCUACCAGCUCUUGCAGUCUGACAGCCCUCGGGCCGAAUCGCAGGGCCUCCUUCAGAGCUCCUCCCCCUACCGAGGACACCCUAUCCCCUCGCCCGGAUACAGCUACCGGUCUCAGCCCCAGAAAACAGGGCAUCUUCCACCUCUCAGUUCUUCGGAACCCUCCCUCUCUUCUGCUUCCUCCUCCAUCUCCACGGACUCCUCGGCUCUGUUUGCAGGGAAUUCUGGAUACUAUGGGAAUAGCCAGCAGCAGCAUCCUGGCCCUGGUGUUCUGAAGAAGGGCUGUCCCCAGGCCGCUGUCCCCAGCCCUGCCCAGACAGGAGCUCCAGACUCUUUGUCCUCGUCUGAAUCAGGGUCAUAUCCCUGCGUGGGAACUGCUGGCUGCACUCCUACUUCUUCCUCCGCCUCCUCCUCCUCUUCCUCCGCCUCCUCCUCCUCGUCAUCUUCGUUAUCAUCAUGUCGACCCUCUCAGUCAGACUUGCGGACUAUUAACCCUCCGGCCUCCGCCCCCAUUGCUCUUUACCCAAGCUCCAGAGCCGCAGCACUUUCCAACUCGCAGCACUACUCGCACCGAGGAGGGGCAGCAGGAGGAGGAGGAGGAGGCAGCAUCCACCAGUACCGACUGCAGCAACUUCCAGGGUCAGGCGUCAAGACUCAGACAGGCCUUUCCUAGGGUCGAGGCAGGAUAGCCCUCCUGCUCCUUUUGGCAACAGCUCUCAUAGGGGAGGGAUCCUGGGCUGGCAAAGGGCCAGAGACUGAGGCUCUGGGAUAUAUGAGCAAGAGAACACUGCCAGCGAACCGGCCACCCCUGGCUUUGGAAAAGAGAAGGCCGCUGUGGCAGAGUCUGUAGCAAAGCAUCUCCCUGAUGCCUGGGUACGUUGUAGAAUGCCAAUGGUGCUGAGCGGCAUGGCCUGGGUCGCCUAACUGAGCCCUUAGCUGUAGUCUCUGGGCAGGUCGGGGGAGCUUGAAUAUGAAACCAGUGCAAAUCAGAAGAAAAGAAAACAAAAGCAGGGGGAGGGGAGGUAGGGGAGGGGGGCGUUGAUUGAAAUCCCAAAGUGCUCUCUGCAGGGUUGGGUUCCCAGAAUGUGCUGGGGUUGGGGAGGGUGGGAAGUAUAAUCCAUUCUGAUCAUUCCAGUUUCCAGCAAGAGCAUAUUUGGUGUUCAGGCUGUGUGCAGAGAGUCAUAGGAUGCAGGGCUGGUAGCAGUGGGAGUGCAUGCAUGUGUAUGUGUGUGUGAGAGAGAGAGUGUGAGUGUGAGGGGCAGGGGGAGAGAAGGCAAGGCAGGGUAAACCUGUGUUUCUUGCAGACCAUCGCUAUCCAUCAGUACCAGGUCACUGGAAGGGGCCUUUUGCAAGCAGUAGGCCAUGCCUGCCAAAGCAGCCGUGAUGGUGCUAUUUGAGAGGGCAGUGCUGUGGCAGGGGAAGCAGGGUAGUUUGUCAGAGGGAACAGCUUCAUUGCUGUGCCUCUCGGAGCCUGUUCAGCCCACCUCUGGAUGGUGGUGAGAGAAGUGCCCAUUCCGGUGCUAUUGGUACUGCUGCUGCUCCUGUUGUCAAAAAAAAAAAAAAAAUCCAUCGCAGAGUGCCUGGGAGAGGUGACUGCUACCAUCCUCUGAGGUCCAAGAGCAGCAGGUGCUCUAGCCACUUCCACAGAAUUAACAGCUUUUCUCACUUGUUUACUAUCAAGCGUGUGUUAUUAUUUAUCUAAUUUUAUAUUCAGUUAUAACCAUAGUAGGCUAGCAAAAUAUCAGGCAGGUCUAACCCCCCCCCCGGUGCUGCCAUGGACCUUCUCCUUUCAUCUUGGACAAGAUAAUGCUGUGAGCAUGUCUUCCCUCCUAUCUCAGAUGCACAGUCUCUAUUUUUGUUUCUCUUUUGUUUUUGGUUUUGUUUUUAAUUAGGACUGUUACAAAGUUUCUCUAACUCACUGAAAUCAGGUGUUCUUUCAACUUAGGGGAGACUUUUAAAAUUAUCAAAGCAGAGAAGAAGAAGAAGAAAACCCUUUCAUCAAACGUGUCUGGCUGUGAGCGUGUUGGGGAUGGAACUUGUCACCCGGCGUGCGGGUGUCCCUCUAUACUGUAUAAAAAGGGUGUCAACUUCACUGGGCUUUGCAGCCUCCCUUCCUGUCAUGCUGAGCAUGCCUUGUCGGGUGAGCAAUGCAAGAGAGGAGGACCGUGGAGAAGAACUGGCGGGGAUGAAGGACUUUCCUGCAUCUGCUGGGUGCCGGGAAGCCAUCAGAAAACCAUGGGGAGGGGGGCUGCAGUGCUGCCCUCAAAUGGAGUUGUACACUGUGCUGUAACAUUUGAACUUUCACAAGAGAUGUAAUAAUUUUGAUAAUAAAAUACUUAACUUGAAAAUCA